AUGGUGGAAACACGUAGUAAGACAAAGGCAGACCCGACGGCUACGGAAUCCGACCGGGUGCAGCGCGAACGGCGUGAUCGUUCACCGCGCAGCGCCCGGCCGGGUUUAGCCACGAGUAACGAAGGUGCUUCGGCAUUGCCUGGUAGUUCGAACAUACAAACGACGGGCGACAUUCCAACCAGCGCGGCACAACCGAAGCCCGCUGCCGAACGCCAAGAUGCUCGAACUAGCUCGCUUACGCUCGCACAAGGCGAUGUCAAAGCACCAACUGAAAGCGCUUCUAGUGUUCACAGUAAGCAAUCGCAUACCGUGCGCACACACUCAACGCGUUCUUCGGCGACCGUUCGCGCACAGAAGUUAGCACUUGAAGCGGACCUAAUGCGGCGUCAGGUGGAGCGCGAGCGUGAACUCGCUCGACAACAAGCGGAUCGUGAUCGGGAGCAGGCGGAGCGCGAAUUUGAACUCGCGCGUCAGCAAGCCGUGCUCGCCCGUCAACAGGCCGAGGCGGAGCGGGAACUCGCUCGUCAACAAGCCGUGCUCGCCCGUCAACAGGCCGAGGCGGAGCGCGAACUCGCUCGUCAACAAGAGGAUCGCGAGCGCAAGCUCGCAAAUCUCGAGUUCGAGGCGGAACAGACGGAGCUGCAAGCAAGAAUCGCCGCUCUGGAAGCUUCAGAUAAGUCUGCCAAAUCUCGUAGUUCGUAUUUUUCUGAUCGCAACGCCGAAAGGCGCACUGCGACUUGGGUAUCCGAACAGAAUGCUAACAUGACUACAUCAGCAACUCAUGGAAAUAUGCCUGGUGGGGCACCGAUUGUCACCUCGAGUAACGCUCGAGGACCUAGUUUACAACCGGCCGCCACCGCCAACUCGGUAUCUUUCAACGUGCCUAUUGUCAACCAAGCAACCCUCUCGAAACCCACUCAAGCGCCCUUAACAUACAACUACGACACAGUGGCACCACGACUACCAGUAUCAUCUGAACAUUCCUCCUCAGACCCUAUUACAAAACUAACCCAAGCUAUAAACUCACUUUCAAACAGGCCAAAGAAGCCCGAGCUAAUUACGUUUUCGGCUGCAGAAAACUUAGACCGUUUGAACCACGCAGUCCGCGGACAAGCAUACCAGUCCGUCGCGUCGCUCAUGUGGACCUGCGGCUCGCCCGACGACAUCGUGAAGGCCCUGGAGCAGACGUACGCCCGUCCGGAACUUCUGGUCGCCCGCGAGGUCGCCGAGCUCCGCAACACUCCAAAGCUAAGUUCUCCUCAAGACUUAAAUGGUUUAGCAAAUAAAUUGCGAUCCUGCCCAACGACUUCACGCCCACAUCCCCGAGGCCUGCUGAAAGUGGUCCCGGUUAUAGUCGAGGGUCCUGACGGUGCGUUCGAGACAACAGCGAUGCUAGACGACGGCAGCGUGUCAUCUCUCAUUGACGCUGAUGUGGCAAAACGCAUCGGCGCGAAGCCAACCCGCUCGGAGCGUCUUCGCAUUGAAGGUGUUUGUAAUAUGACAGCGGAACUUGACGUAAGUUAUGUUGAUUUUUAUGUACGCGGUCGCGACCGACCCGAUCGUUACCUGAUCGAACACGCGCGAGCCGUGGAACCCUUAGGGCUUCGCGCACGAUAUCCAGACACGAUUAAUAUCACGGAUUACGAUCAUCUGUCAGGUCUGGCAAACGAACUGUCAUGUGACAUUGCUUACCCCACCGUCCUAAUCGGCGCGCCUGACUGGUAUAUAUCCAUAAGUCGCGAAGUGCGGUGCGGAAAAAAGAACGACCCUGUUGCCUCCAAAACCUUAUUAGGCUGGGUACUCCAUGGCGCACACUGUUUGUCGUCGAAGCCAUUUGAAUUUAUAAAUCACGUCACGGAAGAUUUGGAUACACUUAUAAAAUGCCAAUACGACAUCGACGCCUUGGGUAUUACAAAAAAGGUCCCACGUCAAAACAGCGAGGAUCAACGGGCUGUAGACAUCUUGGAAUCAUCCGCUCACCAACUUGACGAUAGCCAUUUUGAAGUUAGCCUGCCUUGGAAGGAGGAGCUACCGAAAAUUAUACCAGAUAGCUACCCACAGGCACUCUCACGCUUCAAGGCACUCGAGCGACAGAUGUCAAAGGACCCAGCGUUUGCCGCAUCCUUUCAACAAUUCAUAGACGACAUAAUCAGCAAGAACUAUGCCGAAGAGUGUGACUCGAAGACUUAUCACCAUCGACCCGCACCAAAUGCCUCUUGCGUCAACCCAGAUGGCUCCAUUCGCUGGUACCUGCCUAUCUUUGGCGUCUAUCAUCCUCAGAAGAAGAAGCUGAGAGCAGUCCAUGACGCGGCUGCCACAACAAAAGGCGUAAGCCUCAACAGUCUGCUUCUGCAAGGUCCUGACCUAUUGUCGCCCCUACUUGACAUCCUGUUCCGUUUCAGAGAAGGUGCGGUAGCCUUGAAUGGCGAUAUCAAGGAGAUGUUUCCCCAGAUCAAGAUUGCCGCAAGGGACAGGGAUGCUCAACGUUUUCUCUGGCGUGACAAGAACGGCGACCUCAAGGAAUACCGCAUGUCGUCAAUGAUUUUCGGCGCAGUUUCGAGUCCUUUCAUCGCCCUCUAUAUAAAAAACAAAAACGCGAAGAUGCACGAAGUUGACUAUGCCGCUGCCUGCAAAGCAAUCAUUGACGACCACUAUAUGGACGACUACCUUGGGAGCCACACAAACGUUGCUGACGCAGCUCAACUAGCCGCCGACGUUGUCACAGUGCAUAAGAAUUGUGGUUUCGAGAUGCGAGCGUGGACGUCCAACCAUCCAGAGGCACUCUCUCUUGUCCCGAAGGAACUUCGGAGCGACGCAACUUCUGACGUUUACCUGCCUCCUAGUAGUGACGUCGGCGUCUUGGGUGUUAAAUGGAACCCACGUCAAGAUUUAUUAGGGUUUCGUGCCGUACCCCAGAUACCGACCAGCACUUUGACAAAACGCAUCCUUUUAUCGAACGUCAUGAAAGUUUAUGACCCUCUUGGUUUUUUGAUGCCGGUCGUCAUCUGGGGUCGCAUUUUGAUUCAAAGAUUAUGGCGGGCAGGCGUUGGCUGGGACACAGACUUACCUGAAAUGUACGUAAGCGAAUCUAAAGACUGGUUUGCACAGCUGCAGAUUGCAGCCAAUAUAAAAAUCCCACGCUGGUACAUGGUCAGGUCAGACUUGUCUGACGUCCAGUUGCACGUAAUCGCCGACGGUGGCGAACAAGCCUACGCCUGCGUCGCCUAUUGGCGUUUCACUUACAGCGAUGACUCUGUAUCGACAGCUCUCAUCGGUAGUAAGGCCAGAGUCUGUCCCCUAAAACCGGUUUCCAUCCCAAGAUUAGAAUUACAAGCCGCGCUUAUCGCAUCGCGUUUUGCGCAAACAAUUCUGCAAGCCCAUCGUUUUGAGCCCUCCGCAACCAUUUUCUGGACUGACUCAACCACCGUCCUAAAGUGGAUCCGGAGUGACGCUCGCGCGUUUAAACCUUUCGUGGCACACAGGUUGGGAGAGAUAUUGGAAACUACCAAUCCAUCCGAUUGGAGGUGGAUCCCUACCUCUCUCAACGUCGCUGACGAUGCGACAAAACCAAAACGAACUGACUUUACCGCAACUCAUCGGUGGUUCACCGGUCCACAGUUCCUUGUUGAACAGUCUUGCACUUGGCCGACCGAGCGCGUCAUUGACGAGGGAGAGACCUCAUCAGACCCCGAGUUAAAAUCGGAUCUGAUGGUUCUGCUCCUCGACACCCCACUCUCGAAUUCAUUACCUGACCCAACGCGUUUUAGCUCCUGGCUACGCUUACUACGUGCCACUGCCCGUUUUCUCCAAGGCGCACGCCUAUUCCGGCUUAAACUGUCUCGGCCAAUAGAUCCAAAUUCCAAACUCUACACUGACAACACCACGUCUCCCCACCAGCUUCACGUGUCAGACAUGAUAGAAGCGGAGAAAAUGUUGGUCCGUCAAGCACAAACAGAGAGUUUCCCUGAGGAAUUAUCGAACUUACGAUCUUCGAAGUCAGUGCCCAAUAAUAGUCGGAUUAGGAAAUUGGCGCCUACACUGGAUGGAGAAGGCCUCAUACGACAAAACACGCGCAUAAGUUCCGCACCGGGAGUGAACGACGAGAUGAAAUCACCCAUGAUUCUCGACGGCCGCCACUACAUCUCACGACUCUUGAUCCUCCACGAACAUAUCAAAGCCGCGCAUCAAUUUAACGAGCUCGUUUUGAAUGAACUUCGGCAAAGAUAUUCGAUCUUAAGAGCCAGAGGAACCAUCCGUAGCGUAGCAAGCGCCUGCUUGAAGUGUAAGAGAUGGAACACGAAACCUAUCCAACCUCAGAUCGGCAACUUACCACCAGAGCGUCUUGAUCACCACAAAAGACCAUUCACUCACGUAGGCCUUGAUUACUUUGGCCCGAUUCUGGUAACGCUAUAUCGACGGAGCGAGAAACGAUACAUCGCUUUAUAUACGUGCCUCACAACCAGAGCGCUUCACCUCGAAAUCGUGAACUCACUCACUGCAGAUAGCGCUAUAAUGAGCCUCAGACGCUUCAUUGCUCGCCGAGGAUCGCCCACCACCAUAUUUUCCGAUAACGGGACUAACUUUGUUGGCUCUUCCCGCGAACUGCGCUCCCUACAUGACAACUCGGUCGUAGAAUACGCCACUAACCACAAAAUUGACUGGCGCUUCAUCCCACCGGCAUCUCCGUUCAUGGGAGGCGCUUGGGAGCGGCUUGUGCGGACAGUGAAAGCAGCCCUCAGAUCUUGCCUAACAAAUCAACCACUGAAGGAAGAGGUCCUGUCAACACUCCUACUCGAGGCCGAAUCAAUUGUGAAUUCCAGGCCACUUACAUAUGUCCCGUCUUCCCCAGAUGCUCCAGAGGCGUUGACACCAUUCCAUUUUAUCCUCGGCUCCUCAUCAGUCGUCCCAUGGACCACGUCGCUGACAGACGCAGACCUAUCCCGACGAUGUGACUGGCGGAGAACGCUGCGCCUAGCAGAUCAGUUUUGGGCACGAUGGCUACGGGAAUACCUACCGAUGCUACGUACAAGGGGACCCAACAACAACUCGCGGAACCUUAGUGAGGGUGACGUGGUGCUGAUCGCCGAUCCUACCCUCCCUCGUGGUUUGUGGCCACUAGGAAGGGUAGCAAAGGUCUACCUAGGACCCGACGGAGCGGUCCGCGUGGCAGACGUCCACACCAGAGGGGGCAUGCUGCGCAGACCGGCCCGGAAACUUAUCCUGAUGGAGGCCGCGCCUCAGCCAGUAGCCACCAGUGGUUAG